AUGGAAAAGCACUACCUGCUGCUCCUGCUGAGCCUCUCAUUGCUGCUAGGUUUCCUGCAAGCACUGUCAUGCUUCUAUUGUGAGCUCUUAAACUCGGAGGGGAUUUGUGAGAAAGGAGAAAGCACUUGUGAGACUGAUGGUGACCAGCAGUGUUCGAUGGUGGAGGUCUCUACAGGUCCCAGGAUCCAGUAUAUGAUACAGGAAUGUUCUAACCUGUGCUUCAAUCGAACCUUUACAGAAAAAUACAUCACUGUGAAAUACACAUGCUGCAACAACACAUCUUUCUGUAACCAGCCUUAGAGGCCUG